GCUUGCCAAAAUCCAAGUUCUACCACAUUCAAAUACGUACGAUUACUUCCGUCGACUCGAAUACCCAGCCUGUAGCUGAGCGAUAAUAAUAUACAUUGAUUUGAGUAAUCAACACACGAGCGAGCUUUUCCUGUUUGUCACGCCAACGUGGCCAUCUUCCACGCGCAACCGUUGUUGGGACAAUAUUCGGUAUUUUGCAUACAGCCCACUCAUUUUGAAUUUCGGCAACACGUGGACUUCCAGAAAUGCCGCCGUGGCGGCGCCAGCUUUGGUAAACUCGAUGGUCACUGCUUCCAAGUGCCGCCCUGCCAAAUUGGUUUUCGCACCAUCCACGAUGUCGGGAGACACGUGCAAGGCUGGUGCGGGGGCAUUGUGGGCCAAGUGUGUGUCAAAUAUUUGUUGGGCCAAAUCGGAUCGAUCGUUUUCCGAUGUGGAGACGCGAUACUGCUGGAUGGCCACGAGAAAUUCCGCGCUUCCGUCCGCCGUGUUCAUUUCUAGGGCCAAAAAGAUGCGCAGGUGUUCACGGCCCAAGUCGGAACUCAGAAUACUGGUCAGGUCGUCCUCGCCGAUAAACUGGAUGUAAAUGCGUUGCCGUUUGGCCAGGGGUGUGGUGAAGGACGGCCUGUCAGUCUUCUCUUUGGCCAUAUCGUAGUUGAGGUAUGUGCUCCACCAACUGGACUUGAUAAAGCGCGGCCAGCUAUCACGUUGAAUGAGCGUGGAUAUUUCGCUCUUGGCGAGGCGGAAAACGUCUUUGGGGGCUUCGCCGUCUUUCAUGACUUUGCGCUCCAAGCGGAUGCGUAUUUUGCUCGGGACGUUGAUUUGCAGUGGCGCGUUUUCUUCAAUAAAUAAUGUCACGAUGCGCUUGGCAUGGGUGACGUUGGACUGCUGGUAGUUGGUUUCCACGUCCGAGUGGAUCCAAGUCGACUCGAAUUGCAGCACCGACUCGAUGAACUCGAGGUUCUCGGACGAGUACUCUUGCACGAGGAAGAGGUGGAAGUAGCACAUGGCGAUUUGAUCUUGCAGCAAGGCCUCGAACCGAGCCGACUCACCCACAAAGUCCCGGCCUUCUUGCGACACGAGCCAGAACUGGUACUCUUGCUCGGUCAAGGUUGCUGUGAUUUCGCUGAUCAUAUCUUGGACGUCGUACAUCGACUUGGUCUGGCCGAGCGCGUUCAAACUGAUCCGAAGGUUGGCAAUCGUCUUGUUGUUGAGCCGGGAAGUGCUGGUGAUGCGCCGCAGAUGGGUCUCAAUGACGGCGGGCGGGUGGUUGGUUGUGGUGGUGGGGGGGCUCUCAGGGGUAUCUCGGAUACCUUGGAGGGCAAGGUACAGCUGCACUACGUCGUCACGGUUGAUUUUAGUGCAAAGGGCAGUAAAAUGUUUACAGCCAACCGACGAUUCUAGCAACGUGGCCAGCGGGAUGCCUUUCAGGUGCUCGUAGCACACCGAGCCGACGCGCGAUUGAUUUUGAUUCGUCGGUAAUGUGGUGAUUUUGUCGCCAUCAUCCUUCUUCACAAAGUCCCGCGAUGUGCCCCCGCGUUUGCUGGACUGCGACGUCGACGGAAACGAGCCCAUGCUUUCAAGUGUGCGCCGUUGGCG